AUGUGCAUAUUGGAGAACGAGAGAGAGAGGAAAAAGGAGGCGAAAAAGACGAAGAGGAAGGUGAGCAAGGCAGAGAAGGGUAAGAAGGUAGACGGCGGUAGCAAAGUCAGUGGAAUGGAUAGUGAAGGUAGAAGCGGAUUCGGAGGUGGGUUUGGAAGAGAACGGAAUGUCAGGGUGGAGAAGAAAUAUGUCAAAGUGGAUGGAGGUGGAAUUGGGAGUAAAGAUGACUGGGAGGUGGGGAUGCCGCCGAAGACGAUUGAGCAAUACCAGAAGGAUUUGAAAGAGCUGAGCGAGAGUGUUGGAAAGGGUAAAGGAAAAGCUACGAGCCUUUGA